UAUGGUCACACUAACCAAACAAUUGUAAACAAAUAUAUUGUAUAUUUUUAAUUUGGAAACUCAGUCAUGUCUAACGAUAAGCGAACGGUUUAUGUCGGCGGCCUGGCUGACGAAGUUACAGAGAGAUUGCUCAACAAUGCCUUUAUACCAUUCGGUGACAUUGCGGACAUCCAAAUGCCUGUGGACUACGAAUCGCAGCGCCACAGAGGCUUCGCCUUUAUUGAAUAUGAGCAAGGAGAAGAUGCCGCCUCUGCCAUUGACAACAUGAAUGACUCUGAGCUGUGUGGCCGGACAAUACGCGUUAAUCUGGCCAAGCCGGUGCGCGUGAAAGAAGACAGUUUCAAGCCCGUUUGGGCGGAUGACGACUGGUUGCAGAAGCAUGCUGGUGCUACAUUGCAGCCGGAGGGCGGUCCAGAGGAAGAGAAAACAGAGACCCCUUCCACAGGACCCGCCGUCAUUGAAAAGGCCGAGAAACGCAACCCACAAGUGUUCUUCGAUGUAAGAAUAGGCGGGAACGAUGCCGGGCGCAUCGUGAUGCUUCUCCGUGCAGAUGUGGUGCCUAAGACGGCGGAAAACUUUCGCCAGUUGUGUACACAUGAGCAGGGCUAUGGCUACAAGGGCUGCUCCUUCCACCGCGUGAUUCCAGAGUUUAUGUGCCAAGGAGGCGACUUUAGCAACAACAACGGCACAGGCGGCAAGUCGAUAUACGGAAAAAAGUUUAAUGACGAGAACUUCACCCUGAAACACAAUAGUUUUGGUACCUUGUCUAUGGCCAAUUCGGGAGCCAACACAAAUGGCUCACAGUUCUUCAUCUGCACCACCAAAACCGACUGGUUGGACAAUAAGCAUGUGGUUUUCGGUCACGUUAUUAGCGGGGCAGAUGUUGUCCGCAAGAUGGAACGAUGUGGCACCAAAUCCGGCACACCAAACCAGAAAAUUGUCAUCUACGCCUGUGGCGAACUAAAAUAAAGUCACCUUAUUAUAUUUA